CUCUGACUAAAGUAUUAGGAAAGAUGAAUGAACCUCCCCCUGCAUGUGGUUCUGCUGAAAAACACCGCUCUCAGCCCGAGUGAGUCACUGCAUGUUGGAAACGAUUUCAUAAAUCCUUUGUGGAGUCCUGAAGAGUCACACUUGCUUCCACUGGAGCUUCAGACAUCGUGCAACAACAAAGGCGCAACAGUCUCAUUUUACGCGCAUUCCCGUUCAAUCCAGGCAUAGUCCUAACCAGUUGCGUAAGUGAGGCUGAUAUCAAACCAGGCGGCAGCUGAUUUGUGGGAAGGAGAAAAGCAAGAAGGAGGAAAAGUAGAGAUUUCGUGUGGAGUUUUGGGAGGAACAAAAGGAAAAUUAAAAAUGUCUAAACCGAAUUACUCCGGCACAUUUAAUAUGGUGGAACAAGAAAAUAUGGACUCCUACCUCGCAGCUUUAGAUAUUAAUUUCGCUCUGAGGAAGAUCGUGUGUCUGCUGAAGCCUACCAAAGAGAUCAAGCAUGAUCCAGCCUCAGGGGCCAUGAAGAUCCGCACUCUCACCACCUUCAAAAACUUCGACAUGGAUUUCACUAUCGGACAAGAGUUUACUGAAGACCUGGGGCCGGUGGACGGUCGAACUUGUCAGACUACAGUGAGCUGGGAAGGGGACAAGCUGGUUUGUGUACAGCGAGGCGAGAAAGAAGGACGGGGCUGGACGCACUGGCUGGAGGGCGACAAGCUGCAUCUGGAGAUGAGAGUUCAAGACGUGAUUGCCAAGCAAGUCUUCAAGAAGGCUGAUUGAAGACUGGAAAUGAGUUUUAGUGAAUAACUUCAAUUUAUUCUUAAUAGAAAAUAGUAAAGGGCUCGGUACAAGAAUCUGAAUGUUUGUAGCUUUUUAAAAAUUAUAAUCAACAAUACUUUGAAAUAUUACAGUACGACUAAAUAUCUGUGAACAUACUGUUGUGUACAUGCUCUUGUAUCUGUCUGAUGGUGCUAAUGGUGACAAGCUGAGAGGAGAGAGCAGCACAGUAGGAUGACUUGUGUAAACAUUCCCUACAUACUUUCUCAUAUUGCACUAUCUAUCUUCACCAUGUUAUAAACAAAUCAUAAAUCUG